AUGUACGUGCGUGUCAAGCGCCAGAAGACCACCGUGUUCCUGCAGGUCAACCCCACUGACACCGUGGCCACCCUCAAGUCUGCUAUCGGCGAUCUCAUACAGCAGGAACCAUCCACCCAGCAGCUGUACCGAGGAAGCACGGCCCUGACAGACACCCAGACCCUGGCCGAGCUGGGCGUGCAUGACGACGACGAGCUGGGACUGGCGCUGAAGAAAGAAGAUGGCACAUGGGAGGCACUGGAGAUCAUGCGGCACGAGGCGCCGUCCGACGGUGUCGCGGAAUGA